AUGAUCAGUAUAGAGCCAAUACCACGUGAUGCACCAUUUCUAGGCGCCUUAAAUUUAUCUUUUAAAAAAGGGGAAUUUCCUGAUAUCCACGAGUUAUUUCUUUACUAUAAUGAUUUAUAUUUUGGUGGUAAUUUAGGUUCUGUGAUAGUUAGAUGGAGCUCAAGAAUGAAGCUUUGUGCUGGAACAUGUACCUAUGAAAUUGGUGGAAGAUGUGUCAUUAGUUUGUCGGAACCUUUACUAAAAUAUAGAUCAGUUAAAGAACUUAAAGAAACAUUAUUGCAUGAAUUAAUACAUGCUUAUUUAUUUGUUACAAAUAAUUGUAAAGAUAGAUCAGCUCAUGGACCAGAAUUCAUAUUUCAUAUGAAUAGAAUUAAUAUGAAAACAGGUUUGAAUAUAACAAUAUAUCAUUCAUUUAUUAAUGAAGUCAAUUUUUAUCGUACGAAUAUAUGGCGUUGCAAUGGUCCUUGUAGAUUAGAAGCUCCAUAUUAUGGUUUUGUAAAACGUUCCAUUAAUCGUACUCCAGGUCCAAAUGAUUCAUGGUGGAAUCUACAUCUUUCUAAAUGUGGUGGUAAAUUCACAAAGAUUUCAGAUUCAGAUAAAACUAGGAAUUAUAGUGUAAUUAACAAGCAAAUAAGUAACUCAUAUGCCUAUAAAGAGGAGACUCAAAAGAUAAGUAUUGAUUUGAGCUCAGAUUCUGAUGUAGAGGCAAUACAAAUUGUUGAAAUUAGUGAUUAG